AUGGCUGCACGAAUACUUUUCAAAAAUGCCAUGCUUAGAAGUGGAAUUUCUUUACGACUAAACAGUUUAAUAUACAAACGUGAUUCAUCGUACCGUUCAAGUCCAAUAGCUCAAGACUCAUCGUGUUAUGCCAAAUAUGAAGUAUCAUCUUCACCAGAAGAAUGGAAAUUUGUUGAGAGACUACUUCCGUUAACUACUAUACCAACACCUUCUGACAGGAAAGAUUUGCCAUCAGGAUGGCAGCCACAGACGGCGACAUUUGGAAAAUAUCCUUACUUUGUCCAUCGUACACGCAAUCAUAUGCUACCUGUGUAUCUUAAAGUUUCCAUGAGAGGAACAAGACGCAUAACUCAAAUAAACAAUGUAGAUGGUAACAUAUGGAUAUUAGAAGAAGCCAUAAAGAAAUAUUUGACAAGAGUAUACGGAGAUAAGAAAAUAAUUGCUACUAAAGUACAUGAAGUAUGUGGUCAUUUAUGUAUUCACGGAGAUCAUGUAUCUAGAGUUAAUGAGUGGUUACUAAAGAAAGGUUUGUAA